AUGGCCUCCUCCAGAAUCUACAAGUUGGAUGAUGGGAAUCCUUAUCUGAGCAACUACUUUCCAGCGAAAAAUCUGCUUCGGAUUCCUGAGGAAGGCCGAGGACACUGGUUAGUAUGUCGAAAAUCUAACCUCAAGAAGAAGUCCAAGAGUGUAAAUGAGGCACCAGAUGAAGAAGGUCAAGAAGUUAAGCAAAAGAGUCCCUCAGAGGUCAGGGGAAACAGAAGGUCUCAGAGGGAAAACCAAGUGACUAAUCCUGGACAAAUUUUAGACCGAGCCUUUCUGCUGAAGCACCAUCGUAUGAAGAAGCCAUCAGACCUGUGCCACGUUAAUGCUAAGGAAAAAGACUUCAAGCAUUUCCGUUCUGUUAUUUACAUCAAUGCCUCAGAAAACCUGCUUCCUCUAGAGGCAUUUCACACGUUUCCAGCCCUAAAGGAAUUGGAGCUCGCACUUAAUGGCAUCAAAACGAUCUACAUGAAAUAUGGAGACUUUAAGUGCUUAGAAUUCCUGGACCUUUCCUUCAACAGCCUGACUGGGGAGGCCAUCUGUGUGCUGGGGAUUCUGCCUCACCUCCGUGUCCUGCUUCUCACAGGAAAUGGGCUCACCUCCCUUCCUUCUAAUUUGGCAGUCACAGAGCAGGAAACAUCUGUAAUGACGCUGACAAGCAAGAAGUACACCCUGAGGUUCCCAGCGCUGGAGACACUGAUGCUGGAUGACAACAAACUUUCCAGCCCCAAUUGCUUUGCCAGCCUGGCUGGGCUCAGGAGACUGAAGAAGUUAAGCCUGGAUCAAAACAGGAUUUUCCGGAUUCCAUACCUACAGCAGGUUCACCUCCGUGAUGGAUCUGGAGACUGGGUUGGAGGUGAGGGAAGACCCCAGAAGGAGCACCAAUCAAUGCUGCGGCCCAAGCUGUGGGUGUAUGAGGACUCAGAUGAGCAACCAGAUUAUACUGUGCUGCCCAUGAGAAAGGAUGUGGACCGGACAGAGGUUGUGUUCUCAUCUCGCCCUGGAUUUUCAACCUCACAGACAGCCAAAAUAUGUGCACUUCCUCCCAUAUUCGAGAUUCUUCCUGUCAAAUCCCUGAAGGCCGGGAACAAGACACUGGCCCCACCCUUUCCGGAGCUGAGGUACCUUAGCCUGGCCUACAACAAGAUCUCGAAGGAGGAUUCUCUGUUGGCGGUAGCUCUUUUCCCAUCUCUCUGUGAGCUUGUCUUCCAUAACAACCCUCUGGUGGCCCGUACACGAGGGGUCCCUCCAUUGCUAAAGAGUUUCCUCCAGGAGCGGCUGGGGAUCCACUUAAUUCGAAGGAAGAUAGUAAAGGCUAAGCAUCCACAUAUUUUGAUGCCUCGGAAAGACUCGCGGAAGGUGAAAACCCAAAUCCCAAAGGUGCCAAAACAGCCUUUGAUGUCCCAGUACCCAGCGAUCACAGUCGCAUCUCCCUCACUGGAUGUGCUGGAGCCAGAGGCGGAAUCACCUGAAGAGCUGCCCACCGCCAGACGCACAUCUAUGGAGUCAGAGGGGUCCAUUGAGGGCCUCGAGGGCCUUUCCACGCCCCACCGGAAGUUUGUGCCACUGCCUCCCAUCUAUUCCACCUCCACUGUGCAUAGUGAGGAGACUAUGUCCCACCCAAGUGAUGCAGCCGGCCCCCUCAGCCCUGAGUGUCCAUCAGAUGAGGAUGCCAAGAGCAUUGAGUCCAUCUUCCUGACGCAGGUGAGUGAGCUGCCGACCUCUAACCAGGAUGAGUUGAAGGUGAAGGAGCAAAACCAAAAAAGACCAUCAACAGCUCCUGGAGAGGUGAAGAAGACUCAGAAAAAACUCCAUUCGGCAUCCUUGCCCCAAAAGUACCAUGGCUAUGAGGAGUUGCUGACGACGAAGCCUGAUCCGGACUUCUUUGAACCAAAAGGGAUCCAGAAGAAUGUGCAGGCGCUGCAGCACAUGCUGAGGCACCCGCUGCAGUAUCGCUCCUCCAAGCCUAGGGUGGACACUUGGCAGAAACCCUUUGUCUCCAAGGUGAAACGGAUCCAGAGGGUCCCGAUUCCGCCCUCACGGAAGACUCGAGCCCAGCUGCUGGAUGACAUCCUCAUUCGCAUGCGGGACCCCCAGAACGUCACAGAGGCGCCCUUAGGCGCUGUGCUGCGCAGGCGGGUGGAGCAGCGCCUGGUGACCCACAAGCAGUAUGUGGAGGCCAAGCGGCUGCUGAAGGAGCUGCGCGCGCGGUACCGGGAGCUGGUGCGCAGCUCGGUGCAGGGCGUGUUCGGGUCCGCCCGCUCAACGCCGCCGCGCCAGGCGCUAGGCCAGGCCCAGCCCAAGUUCGGCAGCUUCCUCGAGUUCAUGGACGAGUUCUGCCAGGAGACCCCGGCCAACGAGUGA